AAACUUCCCUUAUUGACCUCACCCGUGUAUCAAAAACCAUUCUUCUCAACGCCAAAAACCCGUUCGUCUAAUAGACUAUUCCACACCACCAUGCCCCUCGUCGUCCCCGGAAUGACCAACGCUUCGGCAAACGACGCGGACAAUAAGCAGGAAUGGCUCACGAAGCUGGCGGGGAAGAAAAUCAGCGAGUCGACGAGUGAUGUUAAUACGUUCGCGAAGAAGGAUCUACCAAGCUCACAUCGAGUUCUCAAGCCCAAUGAUGCUAUGACGAUGGAUUAUAGGCCGGAUCGGCUAAACGUCUACGUGGGUGAAGAUGAUAUCGUGCAUGAUGUCAACUUCGGUUAAUAUGGUUAGACCAAGGAUAAUAUCCGAAGGGCUGCGAGGGCCAAGAUAAGGUGGAUGUACGAAUAUUUGGGGUCAUAUGAUGUUUUCAUUUCUUGUUUUCAACAUGU